AUGUCUCGACGUGAGUUAUGCAGUUUUCGAUGGGAUGGCACACAAUGGGCAACCGUUACCACAUCAUUUCAUCUUGAAUUUCUAUCUAAAUUAUCUGUUACAAAUCAACCAAAUACAAUAUCAACUGUUCGUGUGGCAACAUUUAAUAUACUUGCAGAUUGCUUUCCGUGGUUUAUUGAAAUGGCAAUACGCAGUUCUGAAAGGUUCGAAUGGUUAUGUAAUAGUAUCACAAAUCUUAAUCCUACUAUUAUUGGCUUAAAUGAAGUCACGGCUACUGCCCUAAAGCAGUUGCAACAGUGUUCAUUUAUUCGCGAAAACUAUUUUAUCACCGAAUCAUUUGAUGAAAAUAAACACGAUGAUACUGCUGAAGUCAAAGGUUGCAGAAAUGGCCUUCUUUCCAUACAUGGAUGUGUCAUUCUAAGUAAACUACCAUUGAUUGAAGUGUUCGCAAUUUCUGUUUCGGAAAGUAUUCGUGAAGCCGUUGUUGGAAAAGUUCAACUUGGAAGUAAUUUAGAAAGUUGUGUCUAUUUUUGUGCUCAUCAUACUACUGCAUAUCAAACACCGAAAAAUGCUCAAUUACGAGCACAACAGAUACGUGAUAUUAUUGAUGUAUUGCAUCCUAUUGGUCUUCCAUUUGUCAUUAUGGGUGAUCUCAAUCUUCAUUAUGAUUUUGAAGAUGCCAUAGUCAUCAAUAAUAAAUUAAUCGAUGCAUGGGCUCAAACACAUUUUUCUCAUAUUCAUCCAUUCAAUGAUGAAAAUCAAGGUUAUACAUUUGAUGCAGUAAAAAAUAAUCUAAUUCCUUACUAUAUUCCUGGAGAACGUAGACAAAUGCGGCUUGAUCGAAUUCUCUUUUCACGUGGAUUUCCUGCAUUCGCAAUAACACCUUGUGCUAUGUGGGCAAAUGAACCUAUUAACUCUGGUAAUUAUCUUUUUCCAAGCGAUCACUUUGGACUGUUUAUUGACAUUGUUACUGAUGUAGUAAACGAUAGUAACGAACUUAUGUCAGUUGGUGAACCUGAUCCAUCUGCUGAAGAAAUUCUUUUUCGUCAUGCCGAGAACAGCAAAGACCAACGAGCAUAUCAUCUUGGAUUAGUAAGGACUACAGGAGCAUUGAUAUCUCAUAUAUUUUGGCUUGGAGCGGUUGCUCUUGGCCUCAAGUAG